GUGCCAAGAAAAUCCGAGAAAACCUCAGUCGCUUCGAAAGUUGGGAUCCGUAAUUGCUGUUGUUUUCUGCCUGCAAUUCUUAGGGCUUGGUUGUUUACGCUGAUCAGGGGAGCCUUCGAGAUCGUGGAUCUUUUCGAUCCGAAAACUUGUAUGGAAUCGGACUUCUCGCCGGGUGGUGGUGGUGGUGGUGGAGCCUCCGUGUCGGUGGUCGACCCGGACUUCGGCUUCGCCUUCAACGAUAGUAAUUUCUCGGAUCGGGUCCUCAGGAUCGAGAUAAUUCCUGAUUUGCCGGAGAGCAAGUCCGACAGUGAUGCUUGUUCUAGCAUCGCUGAUUGGGCGCGGAAUCGGAAGAGGAGGCGAGAAGAUAUCAAGAAAGAGAAUGGUGUGGAUGUUGUGCAACAACAGGAGCAAGUUUUAAACUGUAACAUUCCAGACACUGAGGAUGGGGUGGCUUAUGAAAAUCAAGAUGAGGAAGCUAUGGCAAUGAUUGAGGAGCCACCUUCAGAUGAUGGGUUUAAUUUAAAUCAAACUGCGGAUGAUGAUGAUGAUGAUGGUCAUGUUCAUUUUUCUUCUCGGAAUAUGGAUUGUUCAACAGUUCUUCGAGUGAGGAAUAUACACAUUAGUUCUCCAAUUUUAGCCGCAAAAAGUCCAUUUUUCUACAAGUUGUUUUCAAAUGGGAUGAGAGAGUCUGAGCAACGGCAUGUAAUUCUCCGUAUACAUGCAUCUGAAGAAGCAGCCCUUUUGGACCUCCUCCAUUUCAUGUACAGCAAUGCUUUAUCAACAACCACACCUACUGCUUUGCUGGAUGUGUUGAUGGCUGCUGACAAAUUUGAGGUUGCGUCAUGCAUGAGAUACUGCAGCAGGUUGCUGAGGAACCUGCCUAUGACCUUGGACUCUGCCUUACUCUAUUUGGACCUUCCUUCCAGUGUUUUAAUGGCAGAUGCCGUUCAAGCAUUAACUGAUGCAGCAAAGCAGUUUCUUGCUGCACGAUACAAGGACAUAACUAAAUUCCCUGAGGAGGUACUCAGCCUACCUCUUGCUGGUAUAGAGGCAGUUCUUUCUAGCGAUGAUCUCCAGGUAGCUUCAGAGGAUGCUGUGUACGACUUUGUGCUGAAGUGGGCUCGGAAUCAUUACCCAAAACUGGAGGAACGAAGGGAAGUCCUUGCUUCACGCCUUGGUCGGCUGAUCCGUUUUCCAUACAUGACUUGCCGAAAGCUGAAGAAGGUCCUAAUCUGCAAUGACUUUGAACCAGAACUUGCAUCCAAGGUUGUGCUUGAGGCUCUCUUUUUCAAGGCUGAGACACCGUACAGGCAGCGUACUCUUGCAGCUGAGGAGGCCAAUGCCACUUGUCGUCGCUUUGUGGAGCGGGCUUACAAGUACCGUCCGGUCAAGGUGGUGGAGUUUGAACUUCCACGGCAGCAGUGUGUUGUUUACCUUGAUCUGAAGCGUGAAGAAUGUGCCCAUCUUUUUCCAGCUGGCCGGGUUUAUUCACAGGCAUUUCACCUUGGUGGACAGGGAUUUUUCCUCUCUGCUCACUGCAACAUGGACCAGCAAAGCUCAUUCCAUUGCUUUGGGCUAUUUCUGGGGAUGCAGGAGAAGGGAUCUGUUAGUUUUGCAGUUGACUAUGAGUUUGCAGCGAGAACAAAGCCAAAUGAAGAGUACAUGAGCAAGUAUAAAGGGAAUUACACUUUCACCGGAGGCAAGGCAGUUGGGUACCGAAACCUGUUUGCCAUACCAUGGCCAGCAUUCAUGGCCGAUGACAGUGCUUACUUCAUUAAGGGCAUCCUCCACCUCAGGGCUGAACUCACCAUCCGACAAUGAGUUAUUCACGAUAACUCUAGUAGACUACCACCCUUCUCUUUUGUUCUCCCCAAUUAGUCUCAGAUCAUUUCGUCGGCCUAGGUUCAGGAGCUAUAUUGAUUCCAACCAUUUUUUUUCCCUUUUUGGAGACAGCAAAAACCUGUGUAUAUUCGAUUCCAUGCUUAAACACAUAUAUCUUCUAAGUUGUAGCAUAUUCUGAUUCAAACCUUCCAAAAUUAUCGUUUCGG